AGAAAGGAAAAAUUGGAGCCCCGUAUUCAAAUUUGUAACUAAGGUGAGUUCCUGAAUGAAGUUCUCUAAAGAAAGAAAAGGCAGCGGAGGAGAGUGAGGAGAGGUGGUGGUGACGAUAGUUUUAAAAAAGAAUCAGUGGGAGCAGGGGAGAAUGGAUCAACACUUUCUGGUGUGUCUGUGAGUGAGAAAGAUCUGGGAUGCGAAGAUUUUGGCGAGAAAAAAUGAGCUCCAGAUCUACCAGACGAAAUUCCAAUGCGGUUGUUCCCUCCUUUUGAAAAAAUCUUGUUGUUGUUGGUGUCUGAAGGGAUAAAGAUUGAGGUUGAAGGUUGGGGAGUAAAGUGAGGACCGAAGAUAAAUCACAUACCCAUCCUUUUGCUGAUGACAAUGAGAUUCUGAACUUUUUUCCUUUUUUUUGUUUUUCUUUUCUUCUAUGAAUGCUUCAUCUUUUUCAAUAUAGCUUGGGUUUUAAGUCUAGGUAAUGUAUAGAAGAAGAACCAUUUUGAGCUUUUAACCUUUGUAUCUUCAUCAGACUGAAAUCUCCAUUGGCAGAAGAGAGGAAAGUAAAAGGAGAAAACUGUUUCUUUUCGUCUUCUUAUUCUUGUCAUUCCCUUUUCCAUUAUUUCAUAUAGACUUGGUUCCUCGAGAAAAAAGAGAAAAGAUAAGCAAAUUUUGUUUAUCUUGGCUUUCUCUUUUUCAAGGUAUAAAAUCUAGGAUUUGAGAGAGAAAAUUGGGAUCUUUCCCAUGCGGGUUUUAGACUUCUUUGAUGGCAAUUUUGCUUCAAACUGGAGGUCAAGCUGUGGCCGUCUCUAGAUUUUCUUUUGGUGGUUCUAUCAAAGCUGAGGCCAUGGCGCAGGAAGAGAGUUUCAGGAUUGGCAAUCAUAGAUCCGUCAAAAAGCAUAAGCAAAAGAAAAUCCCUCAACGUGGGCUCGGUGUUGCUCAACUGGAGAAGAUAAGAUUGGAAGAACAACAGAAGACCUUUCCGAACUCUCACUCCUUUCCUCCAAUCAGUCUCCCUUCACCUUCAAGUUCUGGCUCUUUGGCGUACAACCAUUCCCAGGAUCCUAUUUUCUCAAUUCCUAAUCUCCAUCCUCUCUCUUCUUCAUCUCCAUCACCUCCUCCUUUUCCACCGACUCCGCCAUUUAUCCCUCUUUCUUGGUCCAAUAAUGAACAAUAUAUCAGAAAUGUGGAGAACUUUGGCAUUCCCAUUCCUCACCUUCAUGAACCUAACGCGUUCAGGAAGCAGCCAACUCUGGUGAAUCUUUCACCAACGUCAUCUUCUGGAGUUAAUCUGCAGAUGGAGCCCCCUUCAAACCAAAUCUACACCAGUAGCGACACUCCAUGGCCACAGGAAGACAGGGUGGUUGGCAUCAAGCGGCCCUGGACUUUUCUUAAUGAUAGCUCAAGUAAUUGCAUUCCAGAGCAUCCAAAUAAAAUCGAAUAUGGAAAGCCAACUGUCAGAGAUGCGUGUUUGCUCAAAACUUCUCAAGAGAUAAACUGGAAAACGCCUCCUGAAUUUGAUUUUAGAGUGAAAGAUAAUGGUAGUCUAGAUGGUGCAUUUCUCACUCUAGGUCCUUCGUCUUCAUCAUCUUCCUCGAAUUCAAGAUCCAAGCAAUCCUCUCUUUUGUCUGCUGAGUGCCAUGAUCUCUAUGAAUACCAAACAAAGCCAUCCCAGGAUGCUCUUAGAGGUUCCACCAAUGGAGAUUUGAUGCCAAGCUUGAGGUUCAGCGCUGGUGAAAGGUGGAGCGGAUUGGCUUGUCACCAAUUUCAUCAUCAGCAUCACCUUCGUCAUUCCUAUCGUUGUGACCUUUCUCAGCAAUACCAAUAUCAAACAGGAGAUCAGUUCUACAGCUUUUUAUGUCCAGAACCGAGUGCGAGGGCAACCCAGCCAGAAGAUGAAAGAGAUGCUGAUGGGACAGAUGAAAAAGCUAGCAUUGAUCUCAGUUUGAAGCUUUAGAUAGAAGCAUGACUCAUGCGCUAUAUUAGCCGAUAUUGUUGUUAUUUUGUUGUUGACAUGUUUCUAUUUCAGAUACAGAGAAAUUUAGCAGGUGCUGGAUGCUUAGUUAAUAACGUUCGGCAGAAUUGAAGCAACACUGAAUUAUCAAUCUUCUUACACGAAGAAGAGUUAGACGGUUUUGGAUUAAGUCCUGUAUGAAGGCUGCAGUUGAGCUGCACCUUCCCAUUUUGAUGACAUUUAUUUAUUUCUGUUUGUACGUUUUCCAAGAUACAGUGAGAAUUGCCUUUAGCUAGUGAUCAGCUUGUUUUAGUUGUGCAAGUCAGUGGACUGCUAGAGGGGAUUGGGAGCUAAUUUAUAUGAAGAUCAUGCAUGUUCUAAGA